AUGUCUCUCAGUAUUGUUCGUCGUAUUUUUGGUGAUCGUAAAUUACCUGAGAACCUCACCGGUAGUGAUUAUGAACGAUUCAUGCAGGAAAAUUUCCCCAAAUGGAUUCGCGAGUUUGAAGAAGGUGGAUUUCUAGAAGCCAAUAAACUUCCCGCCAUUAAAAGUGAAGAUGAAUUCCUACAAAAACUACAGGAACAUAAGAAUGAUCUAAUGGUUGUUAAGUUUUGGAAACAUGCCUGUAUUCCAUGUCUCUCAUUUGCGGAAAUGUAUAAACAAGCCUCUGAGUUGUGUAAGGCGGAAAAACGCCGGAUUGUCUGGUAUAGUGUAGAUACAAAAGAUCUCCCAUCAAGAUCUUUGGUGGAAUAUCAACUCAUUAGCGGUACUCCUACUAUUCAAACCUUUGCUGGACUAAAACAGGUAGGGAAAGAAAUCCGAGCAACCAAUACGGAAGACUUGAUGAAGGAGUUAACUGCUCGUGAGAAAGAGUUGAAUAUAGGAUAA